AUGUGGACGACUUGGCCGCGGACGAGACGCAAGUGGCGGGACUCGGGCUCGUCGCGUGGCGGACACGAGCAUCGUGGUAACCGCGACGGCUUUCGUUUCAUCUAUUCGGUGGUGUUGGCUGCCUGCAUGGCAGCGCAGGAAGCGAGAAGUGCCAAGUGCCCGCCGUUCGACACGAUACCCGGCUGUCCUUGUUACAAUUUCGAGGACGGACUGUUCCUGGAAUGCGCCGGGGCCACCGAGGAAUCCCUGAGGACCGCUUUGUCCGGUGUAAUACACGCCGCUGAAGGGGAAGGGGCGAUAGUUCAAUCCUUAAGCGUUUACGAGCUAGACAGAAAAGUGGAGGAACUUCGACCUGUCGCCUUCCCGGCCGGCUCCCAGAUCAGGCAUCUGCAGAUAUCUCACUCGGCGAUUCGCGAGAUAAGCGAGGACGCGUUCAAGAGACUGAGCAAAAGCUUGGAAUCGUUGGCACUGGUGUCCGGUCGACUGCCUCACGUGCCACAGAAGGCGAUGGCCACCCUGAGUUCCCUGAAGGCUUUGGACUUGGAGGCGAAUCUGGUGCACGAACUUCCCAGUUACAGUUUUUACGGACUCUCGCUGAUCAAGCUGAACCUGAAGGGCAAUCAGAUAAUAAAGAUAUCGGAGUACGCGUUCGCCGGCCUGGAGGACACGCUGACGGAUUUGAAUCUCGCCGAGAACAAGAUCAGAGUGUUCCCUAUGACGUCCUUGAGGAGAUUGGAGCACCUGACGUCGCUGAGACUCGCCUGGAACGAGGUAUCCGAACUUCCGGAAGACGGAUACUCCAGACUAGAUGCCCUGACCUUUCUCGAUCUCAGUAGCAACAAUUUCAAAAAGAUCCCGCUCAACUGUUUCCGCUGUUGUCCGUCCCUGAAGACUCUGUCUCUCUACUACAACGCCGUCGAGUUCGUGGAUAAGGACGCGUUCAUCUCGCUGAUCGAUCUGGAGUCGAUCGAUCUGAGUCACAACAAGAUCGUGUCCCUGGACGUGUCGACGUUCAGAGCGAACCAGAGGCUGAGAUCGAUCGAUCUCAGCCAUAAUCACAUACAUUACAUCCGCGGAGUGUUUUCAAAGUUACCCGAGCUGAAGGAGCUGUUCCUCGCGGAGAACAACAUUCUGGAAAUACCCGCGGAGACGUUCGCUGGCAGCGCGAGUUUAUCGGUGGUGUAUCUGCAGCAGAACGCGAUUAGGAGAAUCGACGCGCGAGGUCUGGCAACCUUGAGCCAACUGGCACAGCUACAUCUGAGCGGAAACUACAUCGAGAAAGUGCCUCGCGACUUUCUCGAGCAUUGCGACAAUCUCUCCACGCUGUCCCUCGAUGGAAACAACAUUCGCGAGCUGGAAGUAGGGACUUUCGCCAAAGCAAAGUCGUUGAGAGAGCUGCGACUUCAGGACAAUCAGAUUACCGAAGUCAAACGAGGUGUCUUCGCGCCUUUACCGUCCCUGUUGGAACUGCAUCUGCAGAAUAACGCGAUAACGGACAUGGAAACGGGCGCUUUGAGGUCUCUGCACAGCCUGCAGCACGUGAAUCUUCAAGGUAAUCUCCUCGCGGUGUUGGGCGACGUGUUCCAAGUGUCGAACGACGUGGGACAAAAUGGAAACAGCGGCAGCUCCUUGGUCUCUAUUCAGUUGGACAACAACGGCCUCGGUGUCCUGCACAAUGAUUCCUUAAGAGGGCAAGCAUCGGUCAGAAUCAUGUGGCUCGGUCACAACAGAUUAACCCGCCUGCAGGCUCCUUUGUUCCGGGACCUGUUGCUGGUCGAGCGGUUGUAUCUAACAAAUAACUCCAUCUCGCGAAUCGAGGACACGGCCUUUCAACCGAUGCAGGCACUCAAGUUCCUCGAGCUGAGCAUGAAUCGGUUAAGCCACGUGACGGUAAGAACUUUCUCGGAGUUGCACGAGCUGGAAGAACUUUACCUGCAGGACAACGGCCUGCGACGCUUGGACCCCUAUGCACUGACCGCUUUGAAGCGACUUCGCGUGCUCGACCUGGCCAACAAUCACUUGAACGUGCUGCACGACAAAAUCUUUCAAGAGGGCCUGCCAAUCAGGACGUUGAAUCUCAAGAACUGUACCGUUAGCGUGAUAGAAAACGGAGCUUUCAGAGGAUUGAACAAUCUGUACGAACUGAACCUCGAGCGCAAUCACCUCACCGCGUCUGCGUUGGACCGCCUGGAUAUCCCAGGAUUGAGGAUCUUGAGAAUAUCCUACAACAAUUUCAGCCAGAUCAACGGAAAUUCUUUGGACGGACUGCCAUCCCUUCAACACCUAGCCAUGGAUUCCUCUCAGCUUUACAGAAUGCCACCGGAGAUAUUCUCGAAGAACAAGAAUCUCGCGAAACUUCUGCUGAGUAACAAUCUUCUUCGAACGCUACCCGGCCUGCUCUUCCUCGGCCUGGACUCUUUGAAAGAAGUGAAGUUGGACGGUAAUAGAUUUCAGGAAAUCCCGUACGACGUGUUCGGGAACGCCACCACGGUCGAGUUCUUGUCAUUGGCUAACAAUGUAAUCCUGAACGUAGAUAUGUCACGGUUAAACGGAUUGGCCAGUCUGCGGGAACUCGAUUUACGCGGUAAUUACAUCACGACCCUUUCGGGUUUCGCCAGCGUGAAUCUAUCCCGUCUGAUAUCCGUGGACCUGAGCCACAAUUACCUAACCGCCCUGCCGGCAAACUUCUUUGCCCGUUCCAACUUACUUCGCAAGGUCGAACUAGCCGCGAACAAAUUUCACCAAAUACCGGCGGUCGCCCUAUCCGCGCAGAACGUUCCGAACCUGGCCUGGCUGAACGUCACGGCCAAUCCUCUAAUCAGGAUACACGAGAUUAGUUCGAAGGCGAGAUAUCCAGCGCUUCAAGAGAUACACAUUUCCGGCACGAAUCUGACCAUCGUCACCAGCCAGGACUUCGAGGCGUUCCCAGCGUUGAUGCACCUGUUCAUGGGCAACAACAUGAUCUCGCGAGUGUCCCCGAGCGCGUUCCGGAGUUUGCUCGAGCUGCUAACCUUGGACUUGAGCAUGAACGAGUUGGAACUGCUGCCUCAAGAAAGAUUAAAGGGACUGGAGCACCUCAGGCUACUUAAUCUCACGCACAAUCGUUUGAAAGAACUCGAGGAUUUCCCGCCUGAUCUGAAGGCUCUACAAGUGUUGGAUCUCUCGUAUAAUCAGAUCAGCGGAGUGGGUAAAAGCACGUUCCAACAUCUCGAGAAUCUCGCUGAACUGCAUCUCUACGGGAACUGGAUAUCUUCCAUUUCCCCGGACGCGUUCAAGCCGUUGAAAAAACUUCGGAUCCUCGACCUGAGUAGAAAUUAUUUAGCGAAUUUACCACUGAAUGCCUUCCGACCGUUGGAGACGCAGAUAAGGAGCCUUCGUGCCGAAGAGAAUCCGCUACAUUGCGACUGCGAGUCUCAAGAGCUUUGGGAGUGGCUGCGUGAUCAUCAGAAGCUGGUGGGCGGUGGCGUGGCUCGGAAUCGAGGGGGUGGAUUGCGAAUGAACGACAUGGACAGCGGAUUACUCAGGUGCCAACAGCCACCGGAAUUACGGGGGUUGGUGUUCCUCGAGCUGGACCCGCACGCCUUCUGCUCGGCUCCUCUCGUCUUGAAGCUUGCCAUUCAGGACAUUCAACCGUUCUCCGUGUUGGUGUCUUGGCAGAGCAGAAAUCACUCGGGUAUUCGCGGUUAUCGGGUGGCCUAUCACACCAUGGAAAACAUCGAGGAGAUACGUUCGAAGAACAUGGAGCCGAAUUCCCGGUCCACGAAACUAUCGAAGCUCGUGCCGAACACUCGCUAUCUGAUCUGCGUAUUUGGAUUGGGCAACUGGAUGAACCAACGCCUCGAAGAAGACUCGAUAGAUCAAUUUAACUUCUCCAACUACGAGACGUUCGAAUCAUCGUCGGAUAUGCAAAUGAUAGACUCGUCUACGAGCCGUUGCACCGAAGUGAAGACUCUAGAGGCACCGGACGCGGUAAUCAGCAGCGAUGGCUCGUCGAUGGGUGAUGUUGGGAGCGUCAGCAGCUUUCUGACCAGACGUUUAGGUCUGAUAGUCGGCUGCUGCAUGGGAUUCGUAGUGUUCCUGCUCCUUGUGUCCGUCCUCGGCUACCUGAAGGUAAAGAAGCAAAGGGAGACCGUAAAGAGGGAGCAGCCGAUCCCGCCCGAAUACAUUUCCUACAGACACUUCAGCAUACAGAGCGGCGAGGCUGGACACGCGGCCAGACAGGCCAGCCAAGACGGUCAACACUCGAACUUCAUCAACAGCAUGGGCAACGCCAAUCUAAAUGUAUGA